GGAAAUUUCCCACGAAUGGAGAACAUUGCUUCCUUCAAACCUGUGUCCACCUCUCCACCUCGUUCCACCUGUGGGGUUCCAGAGCGGAGCAGUUACUGUCAGUCCCCGUCCUCCCAGACGGAGCUCCUGACAUGCUAUCAGGCCUUCUGUAUCCAGGAGUGUCCCUACAGAUCCUCCACACCUCCAUAUGCCCUGCUGCUGCUACCUGCACACAGGAGCCCCUGUGUAUCUGAGGACAGUGAAGACACUCGUCCUGGGACUCAGACAGAGACUGGAACCACGCCUGACUCAGAGAGUGUUACUGGUGGAUCCAGCAGUUUGCUGUUUCAGCCUGUCCAGAAUGGAUGUCUGGUGUCUCCCCCAUCACAGAAACUAGGAGUGAUGGGUUCGCUCACCCUGGCGUUGUGGAUUAAAACAAGCUCUCCUGGUGAAAUGAUGCUGCUGGAGAAGAGCGUAGGCGAGCGGCUGCUGUUCUCUGUGACCGUGUCCGAGCAGGCGGUCACUCUGAGGUACAUUCAGUCCAGAGGUCAGACGACCAUGACGGUCAGCUUCAGGACAGAGGGCCGGCUUGCACUGGAGAGGUGGACGCACCUUGUCUUGCAGGUCCAUGACAGACGUGUCAGUCUGUUCCUGGAUGGACUGGAGGAGGAUGGCACACCAUUUGGCUCACGAUCUCUGCCCUCCAGACUCUUUGAUACCAGCGAGGAUGGUGCCAUGUGGCUGGGACUCAGCUCAAACGGGUCUAAUCAGUUCAUUGGGCGGAUGCAGGACUUUAGAUUUUAUCCUGCCACUCUGACCAACAGGGAAAUAGUGGAGUUGUACUCAGGAGUCCUGCCUGAGCUCCAUGUCCAGUCAGAGUGUCGCUGUCCUCCCAGUCACCCCCGAGUACACCCUUUAGUUGAGAGAUACUGCAUCCCCAACGCUGUUGAGGACACCACCAAUGACAGAGUCUUAAGACUGAACCUUAAUGCCCACCCCCUCAGUUACAUCAACGACCAGGACAUGGGAACCACAUGGCUUUCUAAGAUCAUGACAUCAGAGGAACUGGAUGAAGGAGUCACAAUUACAGUAGAUUUAACCAAUGGACAAUAUCAGGUGUUCUAUGUUAUAGUUCAGUUCGGGGGUCUUCUGCCUGAAUCGGUUCUGAUCCAAAGGCAGGGACGUGACCUCACAGACCCAGAGAGUGAACCCAACACAGAACAGCCCUGGUUAGACUGGCAGUACAUGGCCAGGAACUGCAGUGUGUUUACAAUGAAGAACAAUGGACCUUUACCAACACCAGGCUCAGUCAACUGUCUGCAGCUGCCCACCGAUGUGCCUUUCUCAGGAGGCAACAUCACAUUCAGCCUGUUGACCCCGCAGCCGAACAUGAGACCAGGCUACAAUGACUUCUACAACACUCCUGCCCUGCAGAAAAUGGUGCAUGCCACCCAGGUCAGGAUACAUUUGAGCGGACAGUACCACACCAGAGGGGCUGGCGUGAACCAGCGACACAAAUACUACGCCAUCAAGGAAAUCACCAUCAGUGGCAGAUGUGAGUGUCACGGCCACGCAGAACACUGUGAUACCAGUAUCACACCUUACCGCUGCCUGUGCCUGCCUGACAGCCACACAGAGGGACACAAUUGUCAGCGUUGUGCGCCCCUCUACAAUGACAAGCCAUUCAGGUCAGGUGACCAACUCCAGCCUAUGAACUGCCGGCCUUGCCCCUGCCACAGCCACGCCCUCUCCUGUCAUUAUGAUGUCAGCGCUGAUGACGAACCAAAUGAGCAUUAUAGAGGAGGAGGCGGCGUCUGUGACAACUGUAUGCACAACACCACAGGUCAGAACUGUGAGCUGUGUAUAAGUGGGUUUUUCCAGGUUGAGGAAUCUGAUCCCUCUUCGGUUGAUGUUUGUCGGCCUUGCAACUGUCACACUGCUGGAACAGUCAACGACAGUAUUGAAUGCAACCAGGUAGGGGGUCAGUGUCGAUGUAAGGUUGCAGUAACAGGCCGCCGUUGCACCGACUGUUUGCCUGGCUGGUACGGUCUUCAAGCCUCAAAUCUAGGCGGCUGCAUCCGCUGUAACUGUAGUGACACUGGUGUCAUCAGCACCCCGACGGCAGAGAUUCCCAGCUGCAGCCAGGAGACGGGACAGUGCCAGUGUAAACCCCAUGUCACAGGUCUUUCUUGUGACCACUGUGAGUUUGGUUAUUGGAACCUGUCCCACCCAGACGGCUGUGUCCCAUGUGAUUGCGACCCCAUGGGGUCCGUCAGCCAGUUCUGUGAGCCUGAGCGGGGGCAGUGUGAGUGUAAGGCCGGGGUGGGGGGGCAGCGCUGCGACUCAUGUGGCACUGGGUCGUAUGGCUUGAGACUGGAGGGAUCCUGUGCUCCCUGCAACUGCUCUCAAGAGGGGACAGUACCUGGGACAGACUGUGACCCUGACACAGGACAGUGUGUGUGCAAGAAACAUGUGAAAGGCCGUCGCUGUGACUCUUGUCGUUACGGUUACCACACCCUGGAGCAUCGAAACUCCCUGGGCUGUUUACCGUGUGCGUGUGACAUCAGUGGCACUGCGUCCGAGGGGGUAUGUGACAUGUGGACCGGACAAUGCCCAUGCAGAGAGGGGGUGCUGGGAGCACGGUGCACCAACUGUGCCCACAACUAUUACAACAGGAGCUCAGACCUCCAGGAGGGUUUGUUCCAGGGCUGCGUUCCAUGUGUCUGUGACCCCAGAGGAACUGUGGCAGGAACCGUCUGUGACAGCACCACAGGCCAAUGUGUUUGUGUCCCUACGCGCUCCGGACAAGACUGCGGUAGCUGCCGACCUGGCUUCUACCUCUCUCCAGAUCAGACCAUGUGUAUUGACUGUGACUGCCAUCCCAUGGGAGCAGUGCAGCGUGGGUGUGAGAGCCACACUGGCCAGUGUGCGUGUGCCCAUCCCUCUGUGGGAGGGCGACGCUGUGACCAGUGUCGAGAGAUGUUCUUCGGAUUCAACCCUGGCCUGGGCAGAUGCCAGCCAUGUGGAUGUGACCCAGUGGGCAGCGUCAACGGUUCAUGUCAUCCAGACUCGGGGGGAUGUGUGUGUAAGCUGCUGGUAACUGGAGACAAGUGUGAUGUUUGUCAACCUGGAGCAAGAAAUUUUGACUCUCAAAACCACUUCGGCUGCAGUAAAGCACCCUCUCAGCAGCCAGCACCAGCAGGUUCUGCUCUCAGUUAUUCUUCCAUUCAUCUUUCCUGGUCUCCGCCUGACUCCCCAAAUUCAAACAGUCUCAACUACACACUGAUCAGAGAUGGACAGUCAGUGCACAGCAUCCAAAGUCACUUUCCUUUCAGCCCUGAAUCAUUUGAAGACAGCGGUUUGUCGCCCUACACCAGCUACUCCUACUGGCUCUUAACAGCUAAUGUAGCCGGUGCAACAAUAAGUGCAUCGGCCUCAUGCCAGACCUUCGGUGCACCACCUGAAGCUGACCAGCUCCAUCUAAACCUUGUUGGACGACCAGGUGGAACCACAGCUAGUUUUAACUGGAGCACACCAAGUAAUGACACAGGCCCGGUGGAAAGGUUCGUGUUGUCCUCCAGUGAGUCAUCGAGUUCAGAACCCAUCAUUCACUACACAGGCUUAUCUACAGAGGCUGUGGUAAUUGGUCUAAAGCCCUUUACCCAGUACAUUGUGAAACUGGAGGCGUGCUCGUCUGGGGGCUGCACCGCUACCCAACCACUGUCUUUUCUGACAGCCUCUGCCCCCCCACAAUACCAACCUCCACCCAGAGUCACUGCUACAGGACCUCAUACACUGCACGCUUCCUGGGAGCCACCAAGUCAACCCAAUGGUGUUAUCACAAAGUUCGAGGUCUUUCUUCGUGGACCGAUGGAAACACAAAACCUUUCAAGUACAACAGUUGAGAACAAAGUUUUCUCCAGCUCUGGUUGGCUGGAUCCAAGUGUUUCCCCAGAAACUCAGCUCACCAACAGGAGCGGAAUUUCACCCCCCGAGAGCAGUGCGAUUGUAGCAGGUCUGGAAGCCUUCUCCACCUAUCAGAUGAAAGUCGAAAGCAUUAAUGUUGCAGGAAGAGUCACAUCAGAGUGGACCACAUCACGCACCAUGGAGGGAGUCCCAGAGUUGAUGGCUCCUCCACAGGUCACAGCACUGUCAACCACCAGUCUCAACGUUUCCUGGAGCACUGCUGAAGGUCAAGGGGUGAUUGCCAGAGGAAAAGUGACAGAAUAUCGGGUGAACUUGCUCACGGAGCAGACCAAAAAUCCCUACGCUCCUCCUGUGGUUAGUCAGGUCUUGCAUAGGCUGGGGCCGUCAUCACAGCCUGUGUAUACAGUGAAAGGACUGAAUCCUUACCAUGUGUACAACUUCACUGUCACACUCUGCACAGAGAAAGGUUGCAUUACCAGUCUGCCAACCACAGGACGGACCCUUCCAGCAGCUCCAUCAGGACUGUCUCCACCUCGAUUACAUCCAGUAAAUGAAACCACCAUUAAGAUAGACUGGGAUCCCCCAGUUCAACUCAAUGGACCGUACCCACUAUAUCAGGUGGAGAGAAUGGACAUAUCUCUCUCUGACCCACAGGCUCCUGUUGUCAGAGGAACCAGAUUCCCUGGAAACAGUUACUACCAGUUUCCAAGUGACACUCUUCCUGUCAAUACUGACUUCACAGGCGUUGAGUUGAGUUUCAAGACUCGUGCUCCAGACGGCCUGCUGCUCUGUGCCUUCUCUCCUGGGGAUCAGGAGGAGUUCCUGGCUAUUCAGAUCCAAAAAGGACGGCCUUACUUUUUGUUUGACCCACAGGGCUCAGCGGUGGCUGUGAGCGUACAGGGUGAUGGAGGGCGACGCUACGAUGAUGGACAGUGGCACAGCAUCAUAGCAACAAGGCGAGGGGCCGUGGGAACGAUCGUUGUGAACAAUCAAUACAGAGGAAGUGCGUCAGCCUCCAGCGGCAGCACCAUUAUUGGCGAGAACACAGGGGUGUUCAUUGGAGGACUGCCUGAAGACUUUACACUGCUAAGGGAGGAUGCAGGUGAUGCCCGGCUGGUGCGACAGAGUUUCUCUGGUUGCCUCAGAGACGUUAGUUUCAAGACGACUGACGGUAUCUCAGAGGAAUGGACGUCUCUGGACUGGGCUAAAGUCACAGAGAAGGAGGCAGUGUAUGAGAACUGGGAGGGAUGUCCUGCUCAAACCGUGGAUGGAGCCCAUUUUCUCGGCCAUGGUUACUUGGAGCUGGACAGAAAUGUCUUCAGUGGAGGACAGGACUUUGACAUUUCUAUGGAUUUCAGAACAGACCAGCUCAAUGCGCUUCUGCUCUUUACAUACAACACACAAACUGAAGACUUCAUGCUGGUGGAGCUGGAGGGCGGCCUGCUGUCCUUCCUUCUUGCCUCUGAAGGUCAUGUGACUAAACUCAGCAUGUGGGUGGGGCUGAGCUACUGCAACGGAGACUGGAAACAGUUGUCAUUGGCAAAGCGCGGCUUGGUGAUCUCUGCUGCGGUCAACGACUGGGCAGAAGAAAUAAGGGGAGUGGGAGGAGCGGUGAGACUGAGAGUCGAUUCCCCCUUAUACUUGGGGGGCGUGCCAGGGGAGCUCAUACAUCCUGCUCUGGACAGCCGCAGUCACAAACACGGCCUCGGAGGUUGUAUAAGAGGUCUUUCAGUACGAAGUGAUGAAACAAACCCUGCGAGUCAAAGUGUUAACCUGUUUGCUGCCACCCGCCAUUCUGUCAGAGUCUACAUAGAUGGCUGCCCCACAGCUGAAAGUCGGUACAACUGCAGAGGAAACGACUCUGUGUUGGUGUACAGUGGGAGGAAGACACACGCCACGGAUUAUAGUGUACAGCCUUUCACUGAGUACUUGUACAGGUAUGUGGCCUUGGCAGCCGGAGGUUUGGCAGCAGGACCUUGGCAGAGAGGACGCAGCCAAGGCAGAGUACCUAGUGUUAUGCCGCCUCCGACUACAGUGCAGAGCCUGAAUGGUUUCAGUGCCAAGGUGAGCUGGGAGCCACCCACUGGUGACAGAAGAGGGCCGAUUGACAGAUACGAGCUGAAGGCCUACAACAGUGACCAGCCAGACGCACCACCCAUCAAGGCCACAUACCUGGCCAAUGGAAACUUCACAAGUGUGUUGUCAGGUCUGACGCCGUCCACUCGAUACAGCGUCACUAUAAGUGCCUGUAGUCCUGUCCGUUGUACUGAGAGUCUUCAUCAUGACAGUGGUGGUGAUAACGGCUUGAGAUGGAGCCUCACCACCCCAGAGGAAGCUCCAGAUGUUGUGUCCCCUCCCGCUGCAGUCUCUUCCCCCUCAGCUCUCUAUGUCACCUGGGACUGUCCAGCAAGGCCCAACGGAGGAAUCACAGAGUACCUUCUCUAUCACAACAACCAAAUUGUCUACAGGGGGAACGACAGACAACACAACAUCACUGGUCUUGGUGUCUUCUCCACUCAUGUCUUUCUACUGAGUGCUUGCACUUCAGCGGGCUGCACCAACAGUUCACAAGUCACAUUGGUGACCUCACAGCUUCCUCCCGGGCCUCUCCACGCACCAAAUCUCACCCUGCUCGACUCCAGGACUAUUCUGGUGGAGUGGUCCCGGCCCUCUCAGCUCAAUGGCAUUUUGGAGUUCUAUUCCAUCUUCCUGUCACAUGAUGGCGGACAACCUGUGCUGACCUAUAACAGCACAGAACUUUUUCAAGACCACACAAUUCGCAACCUGACCCCUGGGACAACCUACACCAUCACAGUGGCUGCCUGCACGGGAGGGGGGUGCACCCUGAGCCCUCCCAGCCAGGCUCAGACUGAGGAGAGCACACCGGAGAAUGUUCCUGCUCCGCUGGUCACCCCUUUGUCCCCGCAUGCACUCAACGUCAGCUGGACACCUCCUAACACUCCAAAUGGCAUUAUAACCAGCUACGGAGUCUGGCUGGAUGGAGUUCUCAUUUUUAACUCCAGUUCCUCUCAGAGGCUGUUCGUGGUGGAAGGUCUCUCUCCAUGGAGCCGACACUUGCUCAGGCUGCAGGCUUGUACGGCUCAGGGCUGCGGCAAAGGACCAAUGGUGGAGGUUCGUACAUUAGAGGUUGCCCCAGAAGGCCCCAUACUGCUGGAACUGACCAAUCAGAGCUCCCGAUCAAUCAGAGCCCGCUGGACAGCCCCUCCUCGACCUAAUGGAAACCUCAGCUACACACUGUACUACAAAAGCAUAGAUGGUGACGCUACGUUGGAUGGAAGUACAGCAGUCGGCAGCUGGUUGUCUGUGACUGACCUACAGCCUUACACCAACUACAGCUUCUGGAUCAGAGGGUGUAACACCCAGGGUUGUGUUGAGAGUCUAACCCUCAGUGUUACUACACCUCCAGCAGCCCCAGAUGGGUUGUUACCUCCGAGGUUGACUAAUGCAGCUACAGCCAGUCUGAACGUAUCCUGGUCCCCUCCUGCCCACUCCAACGCUCCUGGCCCGCUCCACUACAGCCUGCAAAUGAGGACAUCCCCACAGAGGCCUGUGAUAAGGCUUUUGGAAAACGCAACAGACACCUAUUCCUAUCAUGUAAAGGGACUGUUGCCGUUCACACAGUACCUGUUCCGAGUGGUGGCUUCACACACAUACGGCCAGACAGCCGGCCCCUGGGCAACCCUACACACGGCAGAGGACAGUCCAGGACCAGUCGUCAGCCCAACGGUGUCAGGCUUUCAUCCUCGAAGUGUAACUGUUACCUGGAUUCCUCCUUUGCAACCUAAUGGCAUUAUCACCAAUUAUACCCUCCGUCUUUGGCCCAGCUCUGUCUCUUCUUUAGCUUUCAAACACAGCUCCAUCUCCAGAACAACUGUCAACUCCAGCUUGAGUCCGAUAUCUGGCCUAUUGUCCAGCACUGAGGGUGCAGGUGUCCACUCAUUUAAAAGCCUCGGGCCAACAUCCAGUCUAACCUCCCCUGACUCUAACCACAGCUCUACGUCGACCUUUAACUCAGGCAUUAAUAGCAGCUCAAGCCCAAUCCAAGGCACGAAGCCCAAACUUGUCCCUAAACCCUCCUCUAGCCUGAUACCUGUUCCUGCAGGGGAAGGCCAUAUUAAGUCUUCUCAUCUAAGCAAUACAAGCCAAGCCACUGAAUCCAGUACCACCAGUGUGAACCAAAGACCCGGCCCUUUACUGCAAAGCCCAGAGUACAAGGCCACCAGCUCUAAUACUGAAAGUUUUAUAACACAAGACCCCUCCCUCAGCCCUAUCUCCAGUUCCUUUAGUGGAGUCUCAGAUUUAAGACCAUUCCCUUUGUCAGUCACUAUUCCAGGGAACACCACCAGCUUCACUUUCCACGAUCUACUGCCAUACCACACCUACAGCCUUCAGGUGGAAGCCUGCACCAGUGUGGGUUGUUCAAUGUCUGGGAUGUCUCAGCAUUUCCGUACCCUCCCAGCUCCCCCUGAAGGAGUUCCUGCACCUCACCUUUACUCUGACACCCCAACCUCUGUUCUCUUGUCCUGGGGUGCACCAGAGCGGAGCAAUGGACCACUGGAUCGGUGGCUGAUUGAGCGUAGAGUCACUGGGACUAAACAAAUCUCCACUGUGGGCCACCUCCCACCCGAGUCUCCUCCUCUCUCCUUCCUGGACUCUUCAUCAGCUCUUAGUCCCUGGACUAGCUACCAGUAUCGACUAGUGCUACAUAACCAGGCAGGGAACACCACAGGACCGUGGGUCAGCAUCACUACCAGACCUUCUCGGCCCGCUGGUCUCAGUCCACCGAGGCUGGAGGUCUUGGGACCAGAGUCAUUUCAAAUCACAUGGUCGCCUCCUCUCAUUCCUAAUGGAGAAAUUCGUGGUUAUGAGAUCCGUCUCCCGGAACCCCGUAUAUUCCAUGACAGCGGCAACACAUCUGAGCUCAGCGUCACAGUAACAGACCUUAUUCCAUACAAAAACUAUAGUAUUACUGUGUUGGCGUGUUCAGAGGGUGAUGGACAUGUUGGAGGAUGUACAGAGAGCCUGCCUACUCCAGCCACCACACCGUCCACAAGCCCUCAAGGCCUUGCACCACUGUCAGUUGUGGCAGUCAGUGAGUCGUUCCUUGCCAUUUCCUGGCAACCACCACGCAGGCCCAAUGGACCCAACAUCAGAUACAAGUUGCUCAGACGUAAAACCCACCAGCCCCUGGCCAUUGCCACGGUCCCUGCAGUAACAUCCGAGUCCCCUCCCCCUGCUGAAGAUCUCCAUCACUGGCUCCAUGUUUACUCCGGCACCAAAUUGUUCUACCAAGAUAAAGGCCUAAGCAGAUUCACCCGUUACGAGUACCAGUCAGUGGUCCACAAUGAUGUGGGCUUCUCCUCAGGAGAGGUUGUUACUGCAGUGACCAUGGCGGGGGUUCCCCUCCACCCUCCAUCUCUAUCGGCUCAUGCUAUCAAUCACACCGCAGUACAGGUCGACUGGACACAACCCUCCUUGCAGGACCUGCAGGGAGCGGUGGAGUCAUAUUUCCUCACAGUAGAGUCUCCCCAGUCAAGUCAAAUCUUGGCUUUACCCCCUGAGAUCAACUCCACAGUGAUAAGUGACCUUUGGCCCAGCAGCACAUAUCUGGUGUCUUUACAGGUGUCCAACGGAGCACAUAACACAACAAGGGCAAUAGCUAAUGUCACCACAGAGGAUGGAGAGCCAGAGGGGAUGUCAGCUCCAGAGGUGGUUCCUGUAGACAGCGCCACAGUGCGGGUGCUUUGGUCCCCUCCUCUACGGCCAAAUGGAGCAGUUACUGGUUACUACGUCUAUGUCAAUGACCGUCUCCACGGCAGUGUAGACAACAGCUCAGGGUCCUACCUGCUGGGAGACCUGCUGCCUUAUACGGUCUACAAUGUACAGGUGGAGGUGUGCACUGUGUACGCAUGUGUCAGAAGUAAUGUCACUCAGACGACCACUGUGGAGGACCUGCCUGCUGACCUGGGCACGCCACACGCACAAGUGAUCAAUCCCAGGGCGGUGAGGUUGAACUGGUCCCAUCCAGGCAAACCCAGUGGCAUCAUGCUGGGUUACAAGGUUUUAAGACGGACCCUGAGGUCAUGCACCAGUGGGUCAGCAGGGGUCAUGUCCACUGUGGGGGGAGAGUCAGAAGGUGCAGGUGGUUUAAGGUUCAGAUGUUCCUACCUGCAAUGUCCUGCCAGUCACGGUGUGUGUGGAGCAUCCUGCUUCCUUCCUGACGUGCAGGUGUGCUGCAGUGGACGUUUGCACACUAAGAAGCCACAUCAUCACUGCUGUGAGGGCAAUUAUCUGAGUUUCAGUAAUUCCUCCAACCCGGUCUGCUGCAGUGGCAAACUGCUCCCAGCUCUCCCGGACCACCAGUGCUGCGGAGGAUACUACGUGCAUUUGAAAACCAAUGAAUACUGCUGUCCUGACCACUCGCAGGGCCGGGUCUCAGUGGGGCUGGGUGACAGCUGCUGUGGGGGGGUUCCUUACUCCAUGAAAGGCGGACAGCUUUGCUGUAGCAGGAGCCUGCAUGACGGCUUUGGGGUCCAGUGCUGCGGAGGCCGGAUUGUAGAUGAUGUACCGGUGUGCUGCGGCGAUGCUGAGAGGGGGGAGGUGCAUACAUAUGUCCCAAGUUUUGUCUGCUGUGGUCAGGAUUACAUAAACUCUUCAAUAUCUCUCUGCUGCGUGGGCAGAGAUGGAUUUCCCACAAUACACCCUGCUGGCAAUGCUACAGUGACACUGCAGUGCUGUGGGUCAGAGGUCAUACAUCAGGGAGAAGAAUGCUGCAACGGGAUUGGCUAUGACCCUCAACGACACAUGUGUGCGGAUCGACCCACACCCGGCUUGUCAAUACAGCACCAGUGUUCGCAGGGCGCUCUGUGUCCCGUAGCCGCAGCGUCUACAGCUUACUGCGGCUCCUGUGACCUGGAUCCAUCCGUGGCUGCCUGCACAUGGGUCCUGUCCACGCACACACACUCAGACUCAACCACCACAGUAUACUCGCCUUUCGUCAACAUCACACAUGAGACUCUCACCGCAGGCCUGUCCACAGAUCCAAACAGAAGCCAUAACACACACAAAAUGGCCCACACGUAUGGUCACACACACUCUGCGAAUGAGGGAUAUGAGGAAAGCCUGUGUCCGUCACAUGAGGAAGAGGUGUACAGCGGAGAUGCCAGCAGAUACACCUAUACAGACUCUAACCUGGAGCCCUUCACCACCUAUGAGUACAGAGUGUGGGGCUGGAACAGCUUCGGACGAGGCUCUAGUGAUGCAACGACAGUGAGAACUAGUGAGGACAAACCGUGGGGAGUGGUACCACCCCGCUGGAGUUGCCCUGGUGAAAGAGAUGACAUCAUCCAGUUGGAUUGGCAAGCACCUGCCAGGCCUAAUGGUGUCAUCACCCACUAUGUCAUACUGCGGGAUGGAAAAGAACGUUACCGUGGCGAUGAAAACAGAUUCACUGAUGUUGGUGGGAUCGGGCCUUUCCAAGGAUAUGGCUUCCAGCUGAGGGUCUGUAACCGGGCUGGUUGUACUGACAGUACACAGGUGGUGGCAGUCACAGUCCAGGGGGUCCCAGAGGGCGUACCGCCUCCGGUGGUAACAGCUGUAAGUCCGUCCUCUCUCCAUGUGAGCUGGUCUGAACCUCUUCGUCCCAAUGGAGUCAUUCAACGGUACCAUCUGAACCAGAGCCGUGUUGGAACCAUAGUUACACACACAGAUCAACCCAGAAAUUAUACUGUGACUGGUUUGUUGCCAUACACAGACUACAGUUUUGUCCUGGUCGCCUGCACAGCUGUUGGAUGUGGCAGCAGCUCACCUUCCACAGGACGCACGCUGCAAGCCUCGCCUGCUGGUGUUUGGUCGAGGCCCAGACACUUGAUAAUGAACACAUCUACAGUGGAACUGUACUGGGAUCAACCGUCGCAGCCUAAUGGAUAUAUCUCCCAGUUCAGACUUAAGAGAGACGGUCACACUAUUUUUACUGGAGACCACCGUGACCAGAAUUACACUGAUGCUGGACUCCUGCCAAACCGCAGGUAUGUGUAUGAGCUGGAGGCCAGUACAGGGGGUGGGACCGGUGUGAGUGACAAAUAUGUGGUUCAAACUCCAGCUACGUGCCCCACUGAGAUUCCAACCCCCCACAAUGUGACAGUGUCAGGCCCCCGCACCAUCUCCCUAGCCUGGACCCCUCCUGUUCAGCUCGAUCACAGCCAGCCUGUAAACUACAACAUCCUGUUUAACGCAGGAAAUGACAGAGCCAUAAUCCAUCAUGCUGGGCGAGACCUGCGCCUCACUGUGACCGAUCUGGAGCCGUUCACCAGCUACUACAUCAGAAUACAGGCCUGUCAGACUGAGGGGUGUGGUGUAGGAGAAGCUGUUUCAGUUAGGACAUUGGAGAGCGCUCCAGAAGGUCUGUCACCCCCCACAAUAAAGGCAACUGGAGCCAAUGUCCUGGAGAUCUACUGGUUACCCCCCGAAAGACCUAAUGGACUCAUCACCUCCUACUACAUAUACAGGCGUCCAGUAAGAACAGAGGAGGAGCUGCUGGUUUUCAUCUGGUCCAGGGGCCCACUUGAGUUUUUCGAUGCAAGCCCCACCCUGCAGCCCUUCAGCUACUUCCAGUACAGGGUUCAAGCCCACAACCCCAAAGGCUCAGUACUGAGCCUUUGGGCUUUAGCCCAGACCUUACAGGCCGAACCGCAGGAUAUGGCUCCUCCCUCUGUAACACCCACCGGUGCAUACUCAGUCCAUCUGAAAUGGAGUGAACCGAGACGGCCCAACGGUCUCAUUUCCCAUUAUAGACUGGUUUAUGAGAAGCACCAACAGGACCCGACGCUCAACUCAACUGCUGUUACUGCUCUCACUGUGGAGGGUUCAGUCUUCGAAGCGACAGUCUACGGUUUUGAACCAUACAGUCAGUAUAGUCUUCGAGUGGAGGCUGUGAACGGGGCAGGCAGUGUGUCCAGUCCUUUGGUCGGCAUUAGGACCCUGGAGGCUUCUCCGGCUGGCCUGGCUAACUUCACCGUGGAGCAGCGGGAGCAGGGUAGAGCGUUACUGCUGAGCUGGGAUCAACCACAUGCUCCGAAUGGAGUCAUCACGAUGUACAACUUGUACAGUGAAGGAAACCUGGAGUUCAGCGGCCUGUCACGCAGCUUCCUGUUUCGGCGUUUGGAGCCGUGGACUGUUUACGCAUUGACUCUUGAAGCUUGUACCUCAGCAGGAUGCACACACACACCUCCUCAGCACGUCACCACCGCAGCUGCUCCACCUGCUUCCCAGCCCCCCCCCAAGCCUCUCUUCGUGGGCUCCGACCGCGUGUCACUCAGCUGGGGACCUCCCACCCAGCCCAAUGGGCCGAUUGGAGAGUAUUUCUUACUUGGGAGAAGUCAGGAAGAAUUGGGGCAGGGAAGAAGUAAUGAAGAGAGUAUUGAAAGGGGAAAGGUUCUCUUCAGAGAAUCAUCCCCACAACAGACAGAAAUCUUCUCCUACACGGUGACUGGAUUACGUCCCUGGACUCGGUAUGAGUUCAGUGUCCGUACUCACAACCCCGCUGGCAACACCAGCAGCCCCUGGGUAACUGUAGCAACCAGACAGGCCCCCCCUCGUGGCCUGGCCCCUCCAUCAGUGAGUCACCUCCAAGGUCAGCCCACUCAGCUGUUGGUCUCAUGGACUCUUCCUUUAGAACCCAACGGGGUUCUUCAGUCUUGCAGGAUUCAGAGGAACAAUGUCAGUUUCUCAUUCAGUUUUGACCCGACUGUGCUCAGCUACACUGAUGAAGACCUCCUGCCUUUUACAGCAUACAGCUACUCAGUUGUAGCCUGUACAUCGGAGGGAUGCAUCACCAGCCCUCAUACAAACAUCACAACCUUAGAGGCUCCGCCCGCCACAGUGGAAGCUCCCACAGUGGACGCCAUGACAUCCACCAGUAUAAACACUUCCUGGAGCAAACCACUGACCCAGAACGGAGAGGUUACACAAUAUGUGCUCAAACUGAACAGCCAUGAGGUUUACCGUGGGAUAGACCAGAAUGCAGUGUUGUCAGAUCUGCGGCCUCACACGACCUAUCAGCUGCUUCUGUUGGCUUGUACCAGCGGUGGGUGUACCACCAGCGCCACAGUGUCUGCUGUAACUGAGGAGGCUCCGCCCACUGGACUGGAUGCCCCGACUCUCAAGGUCACUGGCCCAGAGUCAGUGGAGAUUACCUGGAGACCACCAGAGCACCCUAAUGGCGUCAUCUCAGGGUACGAACUCUGCAGAGAUGGGGAAGUAAUCUACGUUGGCUCGGAGACACAUUACCACGACUUCACACUUCUGCCAAACGUGGAGUACAGCUACGUUCUCCGAUCCAACAACAGCAGAGGGACGGUGAGCAGCGCCGCCAACUCAGCAAAGACCCAUCCGUCAUCUCCCUCUGGUGUAGGUCUCCCCAUACUGACGCCUCUGGGACCAAGCCAGGUGAGAGUGGAGUGGAGUUCUCCAGUGCGUCCUAAUGGAGAGAUUGUGAGUUACACUGUGUAUCAGAGAGAUCCAGUGCAGGUGAGCAUCAACAGCACUGUGUUCACUCCAGAGGAUCGUGCCUUCUCUGACCGACACACCCCUCUGCAUGGACUGGCCCCUUAUCACAGGUAUGAGGUGAGGUUAGAGGCGUGCACAGCGCUUGGCUGCUCCUCCAGUGACUGGUCAUCCGUAGUCACUCUGGAGGCUCCCCCUGCUGGACAGGCAGCGCCACUGUUAGACCUGCAGCCUGACAAACAUAGCGGCCUGCAGACCACCUUUCUGCUCACCUGGUCCCCUCCAGCUCAGCCAAAUGGUAGAGUCCUUCAUUAUGAAGUGUACCGUAGGCUGGACCAUACCACUGAUACCAACAGAAGUGAAGGGGCAACACUUGUCUACAGGAAUGUUUCCACUUCAUACAAGGAUGAAGGACUCCAGCCAUACACGCUACACCAGUAUCAGGUGUGGGCAGUGAAUUCAGCCGGUCGCACCGACAGUCCGUGGACCAAUGGGAGGACGGGAUCUGCUCCACCUGAGGGUGUAGGCCCACCCAUUUUCCUACGUGUUUCAGCCACAUCAGCAGCACUGGUCAUUCAUCCUCCAGCUCGACCCAAUGGGAUUAUUAGCCUUUACAGAGUGUUCUCACUGAGCCACAAAAACCACACACUGCUCUCAGAGGGAACAUCCCAUCAGCAGACCCUCCAUGGUUUACAGCCUUACACCCGGUACUGGGUAGGAGUGGAGGCCUGCACCUGUUAUCAGUGCUGUAGUCAGGGUCCUGUGAGUGCGCUCUACACCUUGGCUGCACCCCCAGCCCACCAGCCCCCUCCUCGUCCCGUCACACUGACCUCCCGCUCCGUUCAGCUGGACUGGGACGAGCCCCUGGCGCCUAAUGGAGUCAUUGAGAGCUGUGAGCUACAUCUCAGAUCACCUUGUCCGCAGCCCCCCCAGCCAGUCCCCCUCCCAUGCACUGAAGCACCAGUUGAAAUCUGUUACUUUGGCAAAAGGCGAAGCUACAAUGUAACAGGUCUGCAGCCGUACUCCACCUAUGAGCUGAGAGCUGCCUGCUUCAACAACAUGGGCAGCACCGCCUCCAACUGGACGAAUGUCACCACGCUCAGUGAAGCCCCCCAGUACGUGUCUCCGUUCUCUGUGGACAGUAACCUGACAGUCAUUUGGCUCGACUGGGCGGGGUCCUUCUCUCUCAACGGAUAUCUGAAGGAGUACAGUGUGACUGAGAGCCGGCUGAGGGUCUAUACCGGCUUCUACAGCUAUCUCUAUGUUCCACGCACAUCGCAGAAAACUCUGUCAUUUCAGGUGACGUGUACCACAAACAGCGGCAGUGCCAGCACUCCCACCAUCAGAUACAGCCCUGCCACAGGCCUGGGUCCUCCUGAGCCUGAAGAAAGUGGUGAAGAGAGCGUCAGCAUGUCAGCCAGCCCUUUUUACUCCGAGCUGUGGUUCAUCCUGACUUUAUCACUGCUGGGUCUGUUCCUGUUGGCAAUACUGCUGGGCCUAGUGCUGCGAAGAGCCCUGAGGAAGAAUCCAUCAGCCAGAGAGCGCCCUCCGCUGGUCAUGCUACAGAACACCAGGAAGUCUGGGGGAGAGACGUACAUGAGGCCCUGUACUGACUUGUGCUCUAAACAUCAGCCCGGCUCUGUGCUCCUCUCCAAUCGCUCCACAGGCCUGACAGACACAAAGAUCAUCGGCAGCAGCUCACGGUUCAGCCCCAUGUCUGUCUUGCGGGUCCCCAGCCAAACAGACCUCAGUCAAGCCUAUUCCCAGCAUUCCCUGCACCGCAGUGUCAGCCAGCUGAUUGACAUGAAGUCACUGAUGAUAGAGGAGGAGGGAAACUGGGACAACACACUGGGACUUGACUCCGGGCUGUACGGGGAGGAGGAUGAGUUUGUGGACGCCAUCCAGGCCUUGAGUUCUGUGAAAAAGGAGCACACCAUGUUCACUGACACUCAUCUGUAA